CGCCUCGGACACGGAGCCAGUUCGGCGGCGCUGCUGGAGGCUGUGCGUCUUUUCGGCCUACACGCGUGUCCAGCAGCAGGCCGACCGCCUCCACCGCCGAGCAGCCGCCUCCGGGCCGCCUCCGCACGGCCUCGCACGUCCUCCAACAGUUUGAGCGCGGACAUGACGACCUCGGACCGCCAGCCUGCCGAGUGGUGAUCGUCGGCAAGGUGGCGGGUGUCGGGGCAUGGCCGCCGUGGAGCGCGAGGGCCGCUCAGUGGCACUCGAAACGGCCUACGUGCACGAAGUCUACGACCAAAUCUCGACGCACUGUCCCUCCUACUCCGCCGAGGGUUCCGAGGGUUCGAAUGGCGCAAGGAUCUGGCCACGGGUCCGCCAGUUCUUACAGGAUCUCGAGCCUGGCUCGCUUGUCUGUGAUGUUGGCUGUGGGAGCGGCAAGUACUUGCACAUUAACCCAGACGUGUUCAAAAUCGGGGUUGAUCGAUGUGCUCGGCUCACCGAGUUAGCCAGAGAAAAGGACCACGAGGUGAUGGUGUGUGACAAUCUGGCGCUGCCCUUCAAGGACGACUGUUUCGACGCGAUCCUCUCGGUGGCUGUGGUUCAUCACUUUGCAACCACGGAGCGGCGCGUCAACGCCCUCAGGGAGCUGGCCAGGGUGCUCCGCAUCGGGGGCAGGAUGCUCAUCUCCGUGUGGGCCAUGGAGCAGCGACACCGCAAGUUUGAGUCGCAGGACGUGCUCGUUCCGUGGCACAGACCGCAGCAGCAGCACCUGAGCACGCCGUCGCUCGAAUUGGCCUCCACAGCGACCACGUGCACGACCACAAGCGAGGAAGGCGAGGCCGCCGGCCCUCCGCCGUACCACGCGUACACCCAGACUUCCGACAGCGACUCGGCUAGAUCAGUCAGGGCAAUGUCUGCCAACCAACCCCGCAAGAGGGGCCGUUCGAGGAAGGGCCGUUCCAUAGACCCGGGUAGACCCACCAGCUCAAGCUCCGACCUCUCCAGUCCCAAUGAAACCUGCUACAGUUUUGUUAGAAGAGCCCUCCAGAAAUUGGCUGGAGGCAGAAGGGGUGGUUCUCGGAAUCGAGCGUGGUUCCUCGACUCGUGGACGUGUUCGAAAGAUCACGAAAACGCAGAGGCCUUUUUGGCAGACCGGCGGACGGCCCGCGAGGAUUCGCUGCAGGACGCGCUCGACCUGCCCAUCGAACUCCGCCGAUUGGAAGACGUGGAACCGUCUUUGCCGACCAGCAUUGACAAGAGCAGCCCCGAUCCACCGAGACGGCGUCGGACGUUGGCGUGCGGGGCGCCGACGCCGCCGAAAAGACUCGAGCCGACGUCCAAGUCGCAAAGUUUGGGCGACAUUCUCAACACGGCGCGUCCCGAAAGUCUGGUGCGGUCGCGCUCCAGCGUGGCCCGACUGCCGCUUGCCCCUGCGUCUUCCGCCGACUCGGAAUCUUCCACCCCUCCACCCCCUCCACCUCCUGCGGCAGCGAGUGCCCCCGGCCACCAUCACCACCACCACCAUCCACCCCUGGUGCGGCAGAAAAGGUCUCUUUGUGAGGACGACGAGGACGAAGCGCGCGAGGCCGAAGACUGCCCCGGACCGGACCCGGUGCGUCGCGCCGACCUGAAGGACAUGGUGAAGCAGUUGCCGGAAAUCAAACAUCCGCGCCGAGGUGUGCCGAAGCAGCGGUCGUUGAACGACGAGCUCAUGGCCACCCAUCGGCAGAGGGAGAAGGCGCGGGUCAGGCAGAACAUCACGAAGCAGGCGUCGCUCAACGAACAGCUGUUGGGAGAGAGCCGAGGACGCUUCGGCACGUUGAAGGACACCCUGCUGGCCUCGCCCAGGUUUCAGCAGCUCAAGUCGGGUAUCACGAAACUGACGACGAGCAUGAGCACUUCACCUUCAGAUGCAACAAAAGUUGCAAGCCAAAGUUUCAAAAACGGUUUUGUGCGCAUCCUGCAAGGGUGGAAAGGUGACUCAGCGGAGAACGGCUCUCAUCCUUCAGGCCCGACCAUCACGAUUCCAACCACCCCUCAGCCUCCUCCGACUCCUCCUCCCGUGUCACCGUUGCGCCGCGUGGCCGACGAGGACAAUCCCCCUGACGGCGGUCGUCGCCACUCGCGAGAGGACAACUCUGACUCGAGCAAGGACUCGAGCCUGCAGAGCGACACCAGUGUUGACUCGGAGGACAGUUUCGCCUCUGUCAUUUUCAUCCCCAAGCCCGAGCCUAAGACUGACUUCAGCAGCCCUCCCGACAGCAAAUCCCCACCCUGCCAGACCACCUCCCCGCCCAUAAUUCUCGAGCCCGUCCCGGAAAUCGUCCCCGCCGAGGUCAAACCUGAGGUGCCGGAACCGCCUGUGCUGAAACAGACCGGCACCAUCAAAACGGAAACUCUGCGGCGCAUCCAGCUGCUUCUGCAACAACGCACCCCCCAGCCGGUCAAACCACCCUCGUUUCCCCUGGUGCGCAGAAGCUCGGCACACCCUGUCGGCCAACCGACCAGACCGAUCCCUCGGCUGCUCAGCCUUGAACUUUUCAACCCCGAAACCGACGACCUGGACAGCGACUCGAGCGGCGUCUCCUCGCCCGACUCGGUCAUCAGCGUGAUGGAGCCCAACGGACGCGUGUCCACGGGACGCAACUCGCCCAUCGAACUGGUCAUCGGCGAGGAAAUGGCUUUGGCCGAAGCUCCGAAAACCGCGUCUUCCCUGCUCGAAGCGGCCGCCAGUGUGGCGAGCACCCUCGAAGGCGCCGUCGACGCCGUCAUCCAAUCCAGUCCGAGGGCCAGAAAAAAACUGGCCGCCCUGGGUCUGGUUUCUCCACCACCGGUGCCCCCGCGACCCCCGGACGACGACUGUCGCCGACACCUGACCGAAUUCGCCGACAAACUAAGCGAGAAGCUUUUGGAGGAGAUCGACAAGUACUCGGAGAGUCUGCAAAAGGAGAAGCUGGACAAGGAGCAGCAGUUGGACGCAGAGCGAUACCUGCAGGGCUUGCAGGAGAUCAACUCGGACAUUGGUCACCAGCUGGCCAAGCUGAACGAGGACAUCGAGUGUCUGCAGCUGGAGAGCAGCAAGGAGCAGAGCAAACUGCAGCCGGGGGCGCUGAAACAGGUCAAGCAGUGCAGCCCGAGCAAUUCGCUGACCGGGCCGGACCCGCCGACCAGACAGGUCAGCUGGGAGGAGAGCAUCAUCAGCAGUCCCGAGUUGCGCCGGGAGGCGUCCAAGGACAGUAGCGGCAACGAGGACAGCCUGCGGCGGAAGCGCAAGUUCCUCACGCGGCAGCAGGCGUCCUCAGGGUGGCCCGAGCUGGAGAGUUUGCCGCCCAAGGUGACCAAGACGGAGAGUUACGAGACGUCGCUGAGCGGCAGCACUUCGCAGGACUCGCUGCAGUCGUCGUCGGCCGGCAGCUGCGCGGGGCCGCUGGGCUCGGGCGGGGCCCUCACCUUCCACAGGUACUACCACGUCUUCAAGGAGGGCGAGCUGGACGCGCUGAUCGAUCGCUACGUGGAGAAUCUGCACAUCAUCUCGUCGUACUACGACCACGCCAACUGGUGCAUCGUGGCCGAGAAAGUGCAGGUUUGGACGAUCUAAAAUCUUGGAAAUUUAUUAUAACCAAACCGCCGAUCAAGAGAGGCUCCUCUGCCAAUGCGAAUUCUGCGGUUCGCCUUGCAUUUAAUAAUAAAAAAUAAAUAUAUUGUUGGUCAAACGAAUCAAAACUCGCCACGGGCCUAAACAAUUUUUGCCAAAUUUUCAUGUUUAUAUAAACCUCGGUGUCAUCGGUGUCUCCAUUCGGGCUUUAACAAGAAAAAAGGAAAAUCUUUUUAAAUGUGAAUUAUCCUUUUCAAUUCCCGCAGUUGAGCUGUUUCGGUAAGGAAAAGUGAAACUUUUGUGAAUGCUGAUUUGAGAGAACGUGGCAGAGGAACCUUCUUUUUAUAUAAUAUAGCAUUUAAGAGAAAAAUUUCACAGUUGCAUUUGUUAAUGUGUAAAAGCACAAUCAUUUUGUAAUUCAGCUUUCUCGUUAUUGUGAUGUAAAUACGUCUCUUGUCGUCUGUUAAAAACAUGAUUUUAAUAAAAUGCAAACUGACGGUUAACCUGUAAAGAGUAGGAGAAAAACGACCCAGCACUUCCUAUUCGACACCACGUACGCAGCAUUUGAGCGACAAUUAGCGGUGCAGUGGAAGCAGAUCUAUUUUUAUAUAUGUCGUCGUCAUUGACGUCUCGGGAUCUCAUCUCAUGACUCGAUAUUAAACCUAGUCUAUCUCCUAUAAGGCCAAAUUUUUGAAAGUCUAUCAUCCUUCGCUUUACACUCACUUAUUUGCGCGCAAUUUGUUUUUAAUAAAAUUGUACAUGCGAAAAGAGACUGCAACUUAUUUGUCUUGAUUGUGAUCUGGAGCUUUCUCUUGCUAUUAAAAUUGUAACGCAAAUUUCUUGGUUCCACUUUUCUCUACAACGAAAAACUUUUUAAAAAUAUUUCCCACACACGUUGCACAACUCUUAACAUGCAUUUGCUGCGGAUUGUUUCUGCAUAAUUUGCGAAUUAUUAUUAUACUUAUUAUGUAUCACACCAAAUUAUACAUAUUAAUUAAUUUGUGAUAGACAGGCGUAUUUUUAGCAAAUUAUUGAUCUCAACUUUUAGCGCUUCCAAAUUAUUUGCAGGAUUUUUUAUUAGAAAAACUUUUGCAUUGAUAAAAAUUUAUUGUGGUGAUAAAAAGUGUUACUGCCACAAAUUACGAUUAAUAUGCGCUUUUAAAGUUGAAGAACAAACACACAUUUUCUCUCGCCAGUUCUUACCAAAAAGCUAUUAUCGUUAUUUAAAAAGUUUUUGAGCAUAAAACUAAUCAAUGCUAUAUUUGAGUGUACUGAGCAGUGAAAAAUCAUUGUGUUUUCUAUAUUUAAAAUUUAUCGUAUUGUUACAUGGACUAUGUAAAUUAAAUACCAAAAAUACAAACUGAUAACUUGCAAGACGUGUCAUUUCUAUAAACCUUUUCUUGUCAAAAAUUGUAAGUUGUGAAUCAAUAUCAAUAUAAUAAAAAAUUUAUUAUUUAUCAGUAAUGAAGACAAUA